GUAAGUUUAUUGUUUGCGCGUCGGCCCGGUCAGUUUCGGCGUCCAUGUACUGUUGAAAAAUUGUCUUGUGACGCGCAUUUGUCGUGACUUAUCGUACUGUUGUCGUGAUAGCUGAAAAAUGCAAGGCACCAUAAUCGAAAACCUGAGCGGUAAGAAGCUAUCGGUGUUGGUUGUGCUUUUAAUAAUUGCACAAAUAGUUUGCUUUCUCAUAGGUGGUUUAAUUGCACCUACUCCUGCCAGUAGUCAGAACAUUCUUGGUACACCGUGUGAAGACAUUCGUGUCAAUGGAUCUGAACCUGGCGGAGACAAGUGGUUUUAUUCAAGAGGAAAAGAUGCUUGUACUCUAGUUGAUAUAAAUCGCUAUAGUUUAAAUAGUCAUCAUCAAGCUUACCAAGUUGUAUAUACAUUUCAGAUGCCUGUCCCUCGUAACAGCCUGCAAUUGGAUUAUUCAAGAUGGCAACAAAAUUUAAUAGGUGUUUUACAAGUGGACAUAGUUUAUAACAGCCAGAUUGAAAUUGCUCCUAGGACGAAAAUAACACUGGAUGCACGUCUGGCAUAUCGAAAUAAGGGAGAUCCAGAUGAUGCAUGGAAACCAUAUGCUGCUUCUAUUGUGGAGAGAAUCUUAGAUUGCAGCAUAGAUAAUAAACAAGACCAAUAUAAUUAUAAUUGCAUCGUUGUGCCAUUGUUUGAGUUGGGAUCUUUGUAUCAUGACUAUUACCUGUUAAAUAUUCGUCUUCCUGCUGACACUGAUAAAAAUAUCAAUCAAGGAUUAGGGCAUAUUGUCGAUUUAUGGCUUACAGCUAUUAAUCAAAAUGGAGGAUUCACGAAAGUGUGGGUGAGUUUGAAGACCAUUUAUUUCCCAGUGGUGCUAGGCGUCCUGGCUUGGUAUUGGAGGAGAGUGCAUAUGCUAUCCAGACCACCCGCACUUUUGGAGUACAUGCUUUUAGCUUUGGGUUCUGCCUUGACAUUUUUAAAUCUUCCAUUGGAAUAUUUAACACUCGCUUAUGACAUGCCGUUUAUGCUUCUGUUGGGUGAUAUUCGACAAGGAGUGUUUUAUGCAACAUUAUUGUCGUUCUGGCUUGUAUUUGCCGGUGAACAUCUAAUGAUUCAGGAAGGUGAACAAAGCAAUUCAUUAAAGUGUUAUUGGCGACAUCUCUCAGCAGUUGGAACCGGCUGUCUCUCGCUAUUCGUCUUUGAUAUGUGCGAACGCGGUGUACAACUAAGAAAUCCAUUCUAUUCAAUUUGGGUAACCGAUGUUGGAACCAAGCUGGCACUGUCUUUUAUUAUUUUGGCUGGCAUAUCGGCUGGAGUAUAUCUGCUGUUUUUGUCUUAUAUGAUAUGGAAAGUAUUUACAAACAUCAGCGCGAAGAGAGCAGUUUUACCUAGCAUGAGCUCGGCACGACGUUUGCACUAUGAAGGAGUUAUCUAUCGUUUUAAGUUUUUGAUGAUAGCCACUUUGUUAUGCGCAUCUUUGACUGUUAUUGGCUUUAUACUGGGACAGGUUGCAGAAGGUCAGUGGAAAUGGGACGACGAAUUACAGUUGGAAAUGACUUCGGCCUUUUUUACUGGUGUGUACGGAAUGUGGAACAUUUACAUCAUUGCAUUAUUAUGUCUCUAUGCACCUUCUCACAAGCAAUGGCCGAUUGAACCAUCUGAAAACAGCAUCAGCGAAGAAAUCGAAUUCUCUCCCUUGCCAACUGAUCCUAACGAAAUGCUGUCUUUAACUGCAUUUGCACGAAAAGCAACAGUAGACUAAAGUACAUAUUUAUAUCUGUGUAUAUUUGUAAGAAACGAGUGGAAACGGCGAGCUCUUAUAUUUAAUGUACUUAAUUGUUAUAGAUAGAAUUUGUAAGUAGAACUGGAUUUAGAUUUUCCAUUAUUUAUUAGGGACACAACACACUGACUGAUAAUACUCCUAUGAUAACGCUAUUUUAUAUACCAAAUUCGAUUAUUUAUUGCUUCCGACGUUUUUUGUAUAACUAUUUGUAGUAUCAUAUUGACAUAUGAUAAGAGGAUACAAAAAAAGUCAUUUCAUCUCUCUAUGUGUUUGUCAGUGUCAUGAGCACAAAUUCUGAUAUACGUUCGAGAUAUGAUCUGCUGUUUUUAUAUAUAUAUUAUUUAUAGAUAUUUAUAUAUAGCAUGUAAUGCAAUGUGUACAUGUAGAUUAAAAUACAAAACGACAUUCAAAAAUUAAAAUUACAUGUUUAAGGACAUAAUGUAAUAAGACAAUCAAACAUUUCGAAAGUUGCGCGCGAACGAGAUGAAAUGACUUUACGAAGUAAGCAGCUAAUCUUUAUGAUUCACAUAGUGCUUAUAAUUUUUAUAUGGAUGUGUAUUAUUAUAUACUUAAUA